AUGUCUAUGAGAGAGAACGCUGCCUGCAUUUUUUGUAAAAUCAUCAAGGGUGAGAUUCCCUCUUUCAAAUUGAUCGAAACUGAGACUGCGUAUUCAUUUUUAGAUAUUCAGCCAGUUACUGAAGGUCACGCGCUGAUCAUUCCGAAAUAUCACGGCGGUAAACUCCACGAUAUCCCUGAUGAGUACCUGACUGAUGUUUUACCUAUUGCUAAAAAACUUGCUAAAGCUUUAGGCGUUGAUCAGGAGGGAAUAGAUGGAUCUGUCGGGUACAACCUGUUACAGAACAACGGUAGGAUUGCUCACCAAGAAGUUGAUCAUGUGCAUUUCCAUUUCAUUCCCAAGAGAGAUGACCAAUCUGGUUUGAUCGUUGGUUGGCCUGCGCAGGAAACGAACUUUGAGAAACUAGGUAAGUUCCACAAAGAACUACUAGCUAAGUUAAAUAACUAA